AAAUGGCAAUAUUCAGAAACCAGUGGAAUAACAAUUUAGUCUGUCAGGACUCUUAAAGUGGCCAUUGUGGAACAAAGAAACUUCAAAUGUACAUUGAUGGACUGGUCUGCUAGUCUUGUUGUUGCUUCUUUGGCUGGAGCCUUUGGGUCCUCCUUCCUCUACGGUUACAACCUUUCUGUAGUGAAUGCUCCGGCAGUGUUUAUCAAGAAGUUUUACAAUGAAAGUUGGGAAAGAAGCUAUAACCAUUCAAUAACAGAAGAAUCAGUUACCCUGCUUUGGACUAUAUCUGUUUCUAUUUUUGCGAUUGGUGGACUUGUGGGUGCUUUGAUUGUUACUCCAGCUGUGAAAUAUUUUGGCCGAAAACGUACACUGCUGCUAAAUAAUGUAUUUGCCAUUGUGGCUGCAUUGCUGAUGGCAUUCUCUCAACUGGCAGGAAUCUUCGAAAUGAUUAUUCUGGGCCGAUUCAUAAUGGGCAUUGAUGGAGGUGUAUCUCUGAGUGCCCUCCCAAUGUAUUUGAGUGAAAUUUCUCCCAAGGAGAUCCGUGGUUCAUUAGGGCAAAUUACAGCAAUCCUCAUCUGUGUAGGUGUCUUCACUGGUCAGGUUUUGGGACUACCCGAGAUAUUUGGGAAGGAAUCCAUGUGGCCCUACUUAUUUGGAAUGAUCAUUGUCCCUUCAGUCCUCCAAAUUGGGGUCUUGCCUUUUCUUCCAGAAAGUCCUCGCUUCCUCUUGCUUGAAAAACAUGACACAAAAGCAGCAGAAAAAGCAUUUCAGACCUUCCUUGGGAGAACUGAUGUGUCAUAUGAGAUAGAAGACGUUCUGGAAGAGAGUCGAGUGCAGCGAAACAUCAAAGUGGCUUCUAUCUUUCAGCUUUUGUGCGAUAGCAGUAAGCGAUGGCAGAUCCUGACUGUAAUUGUAACCAUGGCCUGCUACCAACUCUGCGGCCUUAAUGCUAUUUGGUUCUACACAAAUGACAUUUUCAAGGGAGCUGGGCUAAGUCCAGAAAUGAUCCCAUAUGUUACCUUAAGCACAGGAGCUGUUGAGAUCUUGGCUGCUGUUUUCUCAGGCUUAGUGAUAGAACGAGUUGGACGUAGGCCUCUUCUGAUCGGAGGAUUUAGCUUGAUGGUUCUGUUCUUUGUAAUACUUACUGUGUGUAUGACUUUGCAGACUCAAGCAAUGUGGCUUCGAUACCUAAGUAUAGUCUGCAUUCUUGCAAUAAUUGCAUCAUUUUGCAUUGGACCAGGUGGGAUCCCAUUUGUCUUAACAGGGGAGUUCUUUCCACAGUCUCAACGGCCAGCUGCAUUUAUGAUUGCUGGGAUAAUAAACUGGCUUUCUAACUUUGCAGUUGGACUUCUGUUCCCUUUUAUUCAGAAAGCUUUGCAGACAUACUGUUUCCUGGUGUUUGCUGCCGUCUGUCUUAUCGGAGCCACUUUCCUUUGUUUUGUUUUGCCUGAAACAAAAAACAAGACUCUGGCUGAAAUCAACCAGGCAUUUGCCAAGAAGAAGAAGGUGGCUCUAGAAGUGCGUGAAAUGGAUCAGUUUGGAGCCAAUAGGAAACCAAGUGAAGAACAUGAACCAAACUUGUCUUCUACACUGGAGAAUGGAAAAGCCCAAAGCAGAAUAGUCUAAAAACUAUUUUUCAAUAAUAAGCUCCAAUAGCUCAGAGUUUCAGAGUACAAAUGCCACAUUGCCAGCAGUCUGUGCAUUGCCAGCCUGGAUGCCCGGCACUCUCCAACCUAGCCAGGAAUAGCAUUGGCCAAGGAUGUGGUUUAUCAUUAGACUGUCGAUUUGUUUGCAUCAAAAUUGUAUUGUUAGCUUCAGUUGAAUCAUAGCGAUAUAAAACUGGAAUAAUUGUAGCAGAUUGAUCCUAUCUGGAAACCACUAAUGGUUUGGAGCUGGAACUAGGUACUUCUUCUACAUUCUGUUAUUUCCGUUAUUUUUUCUAUUAUUUUAAUUACUUUUUGUCUGCACUCAACUUGUUCAUUUAUUUGAGGUUUGUAUUGCUUUAGUGUUGGGAGUUAAAAACACCCACAGUAUGAUUGGAUUUGUGCCUUGAUUAGGAAUGUGCAUCCAGUGCGUUAAAACUUCUGAAUCCUUUUAAAACCACUGGAGCAAUUAACAUUUCUGUAAUAAUGCUGUUGAGGGGUAAAUGCAAUGAGAUAAAUACAUUUCUGAGUUGGGUAAUAUAUAAGCCUCAGUUAAAACCAACGUGUAGCCUCCUUUUCAGCUUCGUAAAGGCUAACAGACCUGUGAGAAAACUGGGGGUGGCGUAUAAGGGAUUGCAGUGAACCCUUUAAAUCUCCAUGGCUCUGUGGAGCUGCCCAACCUUUAAUUGGUGUUGGUGUUGGCCAAAGCCAUGUCCCCUUCAGCUACCAACCCCCCUAUUCCAAUGGCUUGUAGCUGAUAACGUAGCGUUUCCCUUAUUGGGCUCCAGUGGCCCACUUUCAAUUAUUGUGGUGGUCUGUGGAAGGCUAUUUCCCCCCAGCUCAGAGUAUUGGUGAGUUCUGUUUCCCCACAGCUAACAUACUGUGCUGCGCUUCACCCAGCGCUGCUUGAUAUUUGCACGUGAGGCCCGCUCUCCCACCACAUAUUGCCUGAGGGUUGACAUGCAGCUGUCAGAAGCAAUCCAGAUAGUUCAGGCAGAGAGAGAGAAGGAAACAAGUUGGGUUUCAUGAUUCCUGCUUGUAGAUUGGCGGCUUCAUAGGUUUCUAAGAACCAAAAUAAUUAUUAAGUUUGGCAGUUGAUAAUGUAUAGCAAACAUUUCAGCUAUUAAAAAUCAAUAAAACCAUUUUAAAAAUGAAGGGCACGCUAGCCUCAGUAUGAGUUUUAAUAUCCUUUAUAACCAAAUCCACAAAUAUGUGCAAUGACGUUUGAAUAGAGGCGGGGGUUCCUACGGACCAAUAUGCCAGCCAAUGUUUUCUUCACCACUGUUUCCUUAUCUUGAAUAAUGAUAAUAAAAGCUUAGAGUAACUCAUUCCUGGAAAGGAAACUCCUAGGUUCAUAACUAGCCAUGUAGUAUUGCUGGUUAAAGGUAGGACUUUAAAAGGAUCAGAAAUUGGGCAGAUUGAGAGUUUAGCAAUUCGGUUUGAGCUUGAAGGCCGUGAGUUGUAGAAUUUUGAAGGAAUGGAAUAUUGAGGUGAAAGAGAAUUGGUCUGCUUGUGCCUCUUACAAUAUCUUGGAGGGGUGCUUGGAGUGGAAGGGGGCACUAUGAGGUAUAAAAACUCUUCUCACAGAGACAUCCUCAUGGAGUUCCAUCACACCUAUAUUUCCCCUGGUUUGCCUCCGCAUUUUUUACCCCUCUUUUCAUUUGUUUGCUAUCCCGCUGCUCUUGUGCCUGCCCCGCCCCUUCUCUCCAGAACCACCAGUAUCCUGGUCAUGUAGCAAGCUGAGCCCCCAGCCGCCAAACUGAGCCCUUUCACACUGGGAGAAGGUCGCAAGAGGGUAAUCGUUUUUUUAAAAGGUGUUCCUUUCCCCUUCCUGAAGCAUUCCCCUUCCUCUAUGUUAUUUGAGAAUACAGUGUUACAAGCUGGGUGGAGCCCUAAAGUGGAAGCUGUUCUGUAGGAGUCUAAGAAUAUACUGAAACAUUUUGUUGAAAGUUAUCACGUGUUAUUUCUUAUGUGAACCAUUACAUGAGAAUGGAACUAACAGAGUUGAGAGAAUGUCAAGUAUAAACUCCUUUUUUGUGAACCACUAAUUUGGGGGAAAUGAAUUAGUCUGUGAUAGUACAUGUUAGAUCAGUAGUCUUCAAGCUUUUCAGACCUGUGACCCAUACUUAGACCAAACAUGCAUUUGGAGAUUCACUUCUGCUGUUACUUUAGACUAGACUGCAGUCCAGUAGUGGACCCAGCCAACCAGUUGAAGAUCAGUAUAGGAGGACACACUCUCAUUUACCAACUGCAGCAGAGAAUUCAGUACAGUGGUUCAAUUUUACUGGAAAUGCCUUCCUUUAAAGACUCUCACAGUGUCCCAAUCAUCCAGUGUUCCUGGGGAGCUGUCAGCCUACAGCUUUACAAUUUCCAUUCCCAUCCUUGUGCUGCUGUAAUUUCAGUAAGAUGAGAAGAAUAAGCAUUCAAGAAUAUGCCAUCGUUAUUCUUAUUAGACGUUGUUAAUGGUUUUCAAUGGAACCAAUGUCUUGGAUCCGGAUUAACUGUUUUAAUUGGAUCUACUCUAAGUAUGUCACUGUCUGGACUGAACCCAAUGAAUGUUUUGCUUCUGUUAAGAUAUGUUUCAAUAAAUGCUUAGGUUGCAAUCCUACACCUGUUUAUCUGGGAGUAAGCACUACAUAAGGAUUGUAUUGUUAGAAUUGGAUAACUGUUUUUGGUCUAGACUUUUGUUUAGUCUUUUCAGUAGCUUUCAGGCCAUUCAUGAACCAACUAAAACUGCAAUACUUGAAUCCAACAAUGAUGGGGUAAAUAUAUGACAAAUAAUAUGAAUGUAAUGGACAACUGAAUAAAGUAUUGCUGCUAAUUUUA